AUGGCGAAACUCUCAUCGCGACUGAUGGCAGCCUCUCAUGCCAAUCUAGUAAUCAUCAGUGUGAUAGCACCACCGCAAGUCACGACCAAGAGAAGGAACGGCGCUCUCAAGCUGUUGCACUUCGUCAGAAGAUGUCCUGUAGACAGGACAGUGGACGGUCCGAACACCAGGGGUCUUGAGACACCGGCCGGUCCAGCCACACAUGACACAUGGUACUCUCUCUCUCUAGUUAGAGAGAAGCCUGGAGGCUGGGAGUCUGGGACUCCUGGCUAA